UAGCAGGGAGCGUGGUUACAUGCUGUGUGUCUGGCGGACACUCGGUUGCCAGGCGGAAGUAGUUGGUAGUCAGGGGGCGGGGACUCGCUGUGUUUGUAUUCAGAGAGAAGCGGCAAAUAAGGCAGCGGCGGCGGGUGACAGUUCCCCAGCCAGACCAGGAGCUGCACCUGACCAGCGCGGCUGCAUCUCCCCGCUUCUGUACAGUCAUGGGGCCCAAGUCCGAGCAGCUGCUCAUCGUCGUGUCCAUCCUGGAAGGGCGUCAUUUUCCAAAGCGCUCUAGACACAUGCUUGUUGUUGAAGCCAGAUUUGAUGGUGAACAGCUUUCUACAGAUCCAGUACCCCACUUAGAACAGCCACAAUUUGCUACAGAGUUAGCUUGGGAACUCGACAGAAAAGCUCUUCACCAACACAGGUUACAGCGAACUCCAAUCAAGUUGCAGUGUUUUGCCUUGGAUACAUUAACAUCUGCUAAAGAGUCUGUUGGAUAUGUUGUUUUAGACUUGAGAACUGCUCAGGAAAAGAAACAAGCUCCAAAAUGGUAUUCUCUCUUGAGCAGUAAGUAUACAAAGUUUAAACCAGAAGUGCAGCUCAAUAUUGCCUUGGAGUCGGACACCAAACCUGCAGUUGAUACUUUUAGAGCCAAGGAAGCUCCUCCACGAAGCAGUAAUGUCCUAGGUGAUCCCCCUGGGCUUGACCCAAAGAGCCUUGUUCCUAUUCUGAAUGAAACAGAAGGCUACCAUCAAAUUGGGCCAGUGCACUACUGUAAAGACUUUUUUGUUUUGUCUGUAACUGUUGCUUUUGCGACACAAUUGGAGCAGUUAAUCCCAAGCACUUUGAAGCUGCCUGAAUCACAGCCAGAAUUUUUCUUCUACUAUUCUUUGCUGGGAAAUGAUGUCGCAAAUGAACCUUUUACGGACUUGAUCAAUCCAGACUUUGAGCCCGAGAGAGCAUCUGUCAGAAUACGUAGCAGUAUGGAAGUACUGUGCAUGUAUCUUUCUGUGCAGCCUAAGAUUCAGAUACAUCUGUGUUGUGGUGAUCAGUCUCUUGGCAGCACAGAUAUUCCUUUAACAGGAUUGCUGAAGAAAGCCAGCACAGAAAUAGAGCACCACCCAGUGGUUGUAGAAGGUGCUUUCAUCCUCUCUCCACCUAACCGAGCAAAACAGUCGUCUGUGGUGGAUAGCUCACCAACUAUCGGGGUGUCAGUUGCUCUACAUAAAGAAGGGAAUUUACAGUCUUCACAUCGUCCUAAAGAAUUUAGUGAAGGUGUUGUUAACGGGAAAAAACAGUCAACGCCACCUAAAAAUUCCAAGGAACCGGAUAGUUUACCACCUAAACGUGAGCUGUUUGGCGAUUCCCCACCUACUAAAGAUGAAGCAACGGAGAGUGAAGUUGAGAGCUUGCAGUCUGUGCAGGCAGAGCCAGCACCUUCUCAGAUACAAAGGAGACCAGAGGCUCCAGGGCCGUCUGAGCUUCCUCUAGCAGCAGGUGCCCAGUCUCCACCACCUACUUCACAGAGAGCUUUGGAAGCUGCAAGGAGCAUCUCCGAAUCUACUUCUGGACCUAAAAUAGCAGUGCCCCCAGCUGCACACCAUUUCUGCUUCUCCCUUGAUUUAAGAAGCAUCAGUAAUAUUGAUGUUGGAUUUCCUGUAAACUGCAUGUUAAGGUACUCGUACCCGUUUUUUGGCAGUGCUGCCCCUAUUAUGACUAACCCUCCAGUGGAAGUACGAAGAAAUAUGGAGGUUUUUUUCCCCCAGUCUUACUGUGCGUUUGACUUUGCAACUAUGCCUCAUCAACUCCAGGAGACCUUCUUAAGGCUACCUCUCCUGGUUGAAGUGUGGCACAAAGAUAAGCUUACCAAGGACCUCCUGCUUGGAGUAGCGAGACUUCAGUUGUCGAAUGUUUUGACUUCAGAAAAGACGCAAUUCUUAGGACCCCAUGGUGACCAGUGUUGGAGACAAACAUUUUAUGAGAAGACUUCUGUUGUGGCCAUAGAGGGAUCUAAAAAUAAAGUGGCUGAGCUUUUAUACAUAAUAAUCUUAGAAGAUUAUGGACUUGUGAAAAAGCGAGAGGUUGUUGUGUCUGAGUCUUCUCAGAGCUCACUAUUGCAGAAACCUCCUCCCCCUCUGCCUCCUGUAGAACAUAUUGCGGAGCCUCGUGAGACUCUAGAGUACAAAGCUGCUCUUGAGCUGGAAAUGUGGAAAGAAAUGCAGGAAGAAAUGUUUGCAAGUCAGUUGAAGAAGAAGGAAUUGGCCCACAUGCAAGUCCUUGCUGAAGAAUGGAAACGAAGAGACCGAGAAAGGGAAGCUUUAGUAAAGAAAAAGGUUGCUGAAUACACAGUUCUGGAAGAACAACUGCAAAAAGCUUUGGUUGAAUUAGACAAGCGGGAGCGUCAACUUGCAAGUGAUGAAAUUGAGUUGAAGAAGGCAAAAGCAGAAAUCCAGUUACAGUGUGAAAGAAGUAUUCAGGAACGUCAAGACUCAAUUAGACGAGUACGAGAAGAUUCUGCGCAUCAAAUAGAGCUGGAGAGGUUAAAGGCCAGGCAGCUAGAGGAAGACGAGCUUCGUCUACAACAACGACUUCAAGAAGCAGAACAUAAAUGUAAAGCACUGGACAAGGAGUUCCAACAGUAUAAGGAGCAGCAGAGCAGUAAACCAGAAAUCCGAUUACAGUCUGAGAUCAAUCUUCUCACUUUAGAAAAGGUUGAACUUGAAAGGAAAUUGGAAUCUGCAACAAAGUCUAAGCUACACUAUAAGCAACAAUGGGGGAGAGCCUUAAAAGAGCUUGCAAGGAUAAAACAGCGUGAGCAAGAGAAUGCCAUGGCACGACUUAAAAAGCAACAAGAAGAACUUGAACAAAUGAGACUGCGCUAUCUGGCAGCUGAGGAGAAAGAUGUUGUGAAGACGGAACGUUUAGAGCUGGAGGAGAUCCGGAACGAGCUAAAUAGACUGCGGCUGCAGGAAGACCAAAAACAGCUAACUGAUGCAGCAAAACCUGCUGAGCAUAAAAUGGCGAGUUCUGGGACUAGAGCACAAGAUGAAGGCUUGGAUGAAUUUCUGUCUCGGCUUAUUGAAGAGAGGGACACCUUGCUGAGGACAGGAGUGUAUACUCACGAAGAUCGGAUCAUAAGUGAACUAGAUCGACAAAUUAGAGAGACAAUGGCCAAAAGAAGCAUUAGAUGAAGUACAUUUGUUUACAUCCCUUACAUCUUCCUCUGUUCUAAUUGAUUAGUUAUUCCCCUUUGGAGAAAGAUGUGGUGCUUAGCGAUCUAUUGCACAUUGUAAAGAUAUAUAAAGGGCUAGUGAUUUAUAUAGUUUCGUGCAUGAUUUUGCAAAGUUUUUGGACUGAGCAAUGAAUAUUUCUCUAAUGAUAUAUAAUUUCAAUUUGUACUAAAUUCCACUUUUUAUUUAUAAAAUUUAAACUUUUUUAUUUACAGUAUAUAUUUGUAAUAAUGUUAUGUACAUUGUCAUUCUUGUUGAAUUUGGUAGUCAAGUUAAAUAAACUAUGUGUAUUAUGUUUAAUUUGGAAAAAUGUACAUUUUGGAUGACACGUUUUGUAACCUUGUUUAAAUAUAUCAAUUAUUUUUCUUUAA